CAGCUGUGUUAUAUCUGAUCGAACACUGUACUAUUGAAAAUGGGAGCACCUUUGAAGAAUCCCUCCUGCAUAGCAGACCUUCCAGAUAAGGUUUUGCUGAGAGUUUUUUCAUUUUUGAGCCACAGGGAUAUGAUGAAAUACUCAAUAGUUUGUAAAAAAUGGAAGAUGAUUGCACAAGAUUCAAGACUUUGGGGGUUCGUUUCCCUUCGACCAGAAAUAUCAGGACUCUCUGUUCAAAAUCAAGAUAUGUUGAUAAAGUUGAUAUCUACCAGAUUCACCACAAAUCUACGCUACCUAGAGCUACCAUGUGAUCUAAUAACAAGAGAAGUUCUCCAAGAGCUGGCGAAUAAAUGUCCAAACCUGACCCAUCUUCUUCUAGAUUUUUCUCACGGCGCCCAGUUGGCAGAUUUCUCAGAGCUUAAUGCUUUCCCUACCAAGAUUAAGUAUCUUUGCCUUUGUUUAAGUGAGGUUAUUUUUUUGGAUAACUUUAUGAAAAAGAUUUACAACUUUAUAAACGGGACAGAGAUGUUACAUCUUUAUGGAACUUAUGAACAGGGAGAGGAGGAGGAGGGGGAGGUUUAUGAGGUUCUAAACAUCAGGACACUGAAGCAAGCUACUCCUAACCUUAGAGUUAUAAAUUUGUACGGAGUUAGCUUUGUGGAUGAUUCUCAUAUAGAAGCAUUCAGUUCUAAUUGUAUUCAGCUCAGUGUUUUGAUAGUCAACUACUGCAGCAAGGUCCAGGGAGCAAGCCUCAAGAUUCUAAUCCAGCGUUGCAAAUUUUUGAGAUGCUUGAUGCUUCAACAAACAAAUCUAUUGGCUGAGAAUGUUAUGGCUGUUGAGUGGGAUAAUGCCUCAAAUCUACGGGAACUUGAUAUAACUGCCACGGAUCUGUCGAAGGACUGUUUAGUCGACCUACUUACCAGGGUCCCCCAGCUGGAAUGGUUAUCUGCUGGUCAGCUCGACGGUAUGAGUGAUUAUGUCCUGACCAAGUGGAUGGAAUCAGGUGAAUUAUUUUUAAAACAAAUAAUGUAGAAGUUAUGAGCCUUUCGAAAACAAAAUUGGAUAAUUUUACCAUUCAGGGAGGUUCGCGCCCCUCAUCUUGUAACAAUAUAGUGUUUAAAUGUUACUAAUUGUAUGACUAAAACUGUCCAAAUUUUUUUUCAGCUUUUCCAAAAUAAAGAUUUUAUUUAAUUUUAUGUAUUUGAA